AUGCUGCUCGAUCCCAACACUUUUAGUAAAGAUGGCACCAGCUCUCUAGGAGAAUUAUCGAUCUCCAAAGAUGGCAAUUACAUGGCUUUUACCAUCUCCACAGGGGGCUCCGAUUGGCGCAAUAUCGUAGUGCAAGAUCUUAAAACCAAUCAAAUGCUCACCGAUACUAUCCGUUGGGCUAAGUUUACCGGCAUCGCUUGGGAAAAAGAUGGUUUUUACUACAGCCGUUUCCCCGAGCCUGCCAAAGGCGAUGAACUUUCUGCCAGCAACCAGUUUGGCGCCAUUUAUUACCACAAAUUGGGUAUCCCUCAGUCCGCCGAUCCGCUCAUAUUUGCCGACAGAUCGCACCCAAACCGCUUCUUCUCUGCCGAAACCUCCGAAGAUGAAAAAUAUCUACUCCUCUCCGCCAGCGAAACCACCAGUGGUAAUAUGCUGUAUUGCAAGGACUUAUCCAAGCCGGGAGCUUCUUUUGUGCCUAUUAGCGACAACUUUGAUAGCGACUUCAAUUUCAUUGAUAAUGUAGAGGGCAAACUCUUGUUCAUGACCAACAAAAAAGCGCCAAACCGCCGCCUCAUAAGCGUAAGUGCCGCCCAACCCGAAGAAGAAUACUGGGAAAAUAUCAUACCCGAAAACUCCGACGAUGUGCUUCAGAGCGCCAGCCUCUGCGGCGGCAAAAUCGUUUGCCAAUACCUCCACAAUGCCAGCAGCUCGCUCAAAGUUUUCUCCCUCGAUGGUAAACUCGAAAAAGAGGUCUCCCUCCCGGAAAUAGGUACAGUAGGUGGCGUAAGUGGCAAUAAAGACGAUAAAACUGCCUUCUUCUCUUUCCAAUCUUUCCUCCGACCCAAUACCAUUUACAGCCUCGAUAUGGGUACUUUUGACGUAAAACCUUUCAAAGCACCCAAAAUUGCAUUCAAUCCCGAUAGUUUCGAAACCGAGCAAAUUUGGUAUCCAAGCAAAGACGGCACCAAGAUUCCUAUGUUCGUCACGCGCAAGAAAAAAGUCGCCAUGGAUGGAUCCAACCCCACUUUGCUCUACGGAUACGGCGGUUUCAAUAUCUCCGUAACACCGUCUUUCUCGGCUUCUCGCGCCACACUACUCGAAAAUAAUGGCAUCUAUGUGGUGGCUAACAUCCGUGGAGGUGGCGAAUUUGGUGAAAAAUGGCACAAAGCCGGCACCAAAUGCCAAAAACAAAACGUCUUCGAUGAUUUUAUAGGCGCAGCAGAGUACCUCAUCGCCAAGGGCUACACCAAGCCCGAAAAUCUCGCCAUUCAGGGUGGUUCCAAUGGCGGACUCCUCGUCGGUGCCUGCAUGACGCAGCGCCCAGAGCUUUUUGGUGUUUGUUUCCCGCAGGUCGGCGUACUCGACAUGUUGCGCUACCACAAGUUUACCAUCGGCAGAGCGUGGUCGGUGGACUAUGGUUUGAGCGAAAAUAAAGAUGAAUUUGAGUGCCUUUUGCGCUAUUCGCCGCUCCACAAUGUAGAAAAAAUCGCCUAUCCGGCAACUAUGGUCACCACUGCCGAUCACGACGAUCGUGUAGUGCCCGCGCACUCCUUCAAAUUUGCCGCAGCCUUACAAGCUCACCAAACCGCUAAAAAUCCCACGCUUAUCCGCAUAGAAACAAGUGCGGGGCACGGCGCAGGCAAGCCCACCAAAAAACUCCUCGAAGAAGCUGCCGACAUGCUGUCCUUCAUGCUGUACAAUAUGAAGAAGCGCGUGAUUUACUAA